UGCGCACAGUGUAGACAGCUGAUAACUCAUCUAUUAUGCUACUAGGCUAAAUAAAAAGCUUUCAGAAAAACGGACCGGAGAGCCUCGGGACGCACCGGAGCGCCGAAACACAAAGUCGUGCGAUGGGAUUUCGUCUCCUCGUGGGAACCAUUGAGCUGACCACGCCCCUGAACUGAACUGACCACGCCCUCUAACGGUCGCGCCCCUCCUACCCACAGCGGGAGGUUGUUUUUUUCACCUUCAGGCCCGACACCGCUGUCCCACAGUGCAUUGCUGCGUCUCCCUCGUCCACCAUGUCGGACGCCCCCGAGGCUGCACCCCCCAGCCCCCCUCCCCUCACCAACCCGCCCCCCCCUGAGGUCACCAACCCCACCAAACCGGGACGGAAGACCAACCAGCUGCAGUACAUGCAGAACGUGGUGGUGAAGACGCUGUGGAAGCACCAGUUCGCCUGGCCCUUCUACCAGCCUGUGGACGCCAUCAAACUAUGCCUGUCGGACUACCACAAGGUGAUCAAGAACCCCAUGGACAUGGGAACCAUCAAGAAACGCCUGGAGAACAAUUAUUACUGGAGCGCCAGCGAGGCCAUGCAGGACUUCAACACCAUGUUCACCAACUGUUACAUAUACAACAAGCCCACAGACGACAUUGUGCUGAUGGCUCAGGCUCUGGAGAAGAUCUUCCUGCAGAAAGUGGCUCAGAUGCCUCAGGAGGAGGUGGCUCUGCUGCCGCCGGCGCCCAAAGGAAAGAACAAGAGCAAACAGCCGGCCGCCGCCACCACAGUGAGUCAACAGGCCGAGUCUUCAGCCUCCCCUCCCGCCUCCUACCCCUCCCCUUCCCCCUCCCAGACGCCUGUCAUCUCAGCCACACCCACACCUCUGCAGGCCACACCCCCAGUGUCUGCCUCUCAGCCGCCAGCAACCAUGAUGCCCUCUGCACAGCCUGUCGUCAAGCAGAAGAAGGGGGUGAAGAGGAAAGCCGACACCACCACCCCCACCACGUCGGCCAUCUCCGCCAGCCGCGCAGACUCUCCGUCUGCUCAGGACGCCAAACCGGCCAAACUGGGCUCCUCCCGUCGCGAGGCCGCCGCCCGCCCAGCCAAGACCCGCCGGGAGACCGGAGAGGAGGUGGCGGGAGGCGAGCUGGGAGGAGGAGGAGGGGGAGGAGCCGGAGGGAGGAAGGGCGGGAAGCUGGGCGAACAGAUGAAACACUGCGACGCCAUCCUAAAGGAGAUGCUCUCCAAGAAGCACGCUGCCUACGCCUGGCCCUUCUACAAACCAGUUGACGCCGAGGCGCUGGAGCUGCACGACUACCACGACAUCAUCAAACACCCCAUGGACCUGAGCACCGUCCGGAAAAAGAUGGACAAAGGCGAGUACAGCGACCCCCAGAGCUUCGCCACAGACGUCAGGUUAAUGUUCUCCAACUGCUACAAGUACAACCCUCCAGACCAUGAGGUGGUCGCCAUGGCUCGUAAGCUGCAGGACGUGUUCGAGAUGCGCUUUGCUAAAAUCCCAGACGAAGGCCUGGAGGCUUCAGUCCCAUCGACAACACCACUGGUCAGUAAAAGCACCGCCUCCUCCGACAGCAGUAACAACUCCUCCUCCGACGAAUCGUCCGACUCUGAGGAGGAGCGAGCCACGCGAUUGGCUGAGCUACAGGAGCAGGUUGGUGCUGCCGACCAAUCACAGUUGAAGGCGGUGCACGAGCAGCUCGCUGUCCUGUCCCAGGCUCCGGUCAGCAAGCCAAAGAAGAAGAAAGAGAAGAAAGACAAAGAGAAAAAGAAGGACAAGGACAAGGAGAAAGGGAACAAGGCCAAGAUGGAGGAGGAGAAGAAGCCCAAGGCCGCCGCCCAGCAGCCCAAACCAGCCAAUCAGAAGAAAGCACCAGCUAGGAAAGCCAACAGCACAGUGACGGCCACGAGGCAACCCAAGAAAGGUAGUAAGACAUCGGGCGGCGGCUCAGCCAACGGCGAUGAUGGCGAGGAGUCAUCUCUGCCCAUGUCGUACGACGAGAAGCGCCAGCUGAGCCUGGACAUCAACCGGCUGCCGGGGGAGAAGCUGGGCCGGGUGGUCCACAUCAUCCAGUCCAGAGAGCCGUCGCUGAGGGACUCCAACCCCGACGAGAUCGAGAUCGACUUCGAAACACUCAAACCCUCCACACUCCGAGAGCUGGAGCGCUACGUCAAGUCCUGCCUGCAGAAGAAGCAGAGGAAGCUACUGCAGAAAGCAGCAGGAGGCGGAGCUUCAGGAGGCGGUGCUAGUCGUCUGAGUGGCAGCUCCUCGUCCUCCUCUGAUGACAGCUCUUCAACAGGAACCUCCUCUUCCUCCGACACAGACUGAACACACACACACACUCACUCUGAACACACACACACACACACACACACACACACACACACACACUGAACACACAGAGGUUUAUCCACUCCACAGACAAACACACACAUCAGACUUCACCCUGAACACACACACAAACACACACGCACGAACGAAAGACAGAGAUACACACUCUGAACUUCUGACACACACUGUCACACACAUGCAUAUGAACACACACACACACACACACACACACAGACCUGGAGACUGUAUGUAAAUAGGCUGACCUGUUUUUUAGCUCCUAGUGUUUUGUUUUGGUUUUUUUUUUUUUUUUUUUUUUCGCUGGAGGAAACGCAGACAGACGGAAGAGGAGAAGGAGCAGACGUCCACCAGGAGUUCUUCUCCUUCCUCUUCUCGGACGGCCGGCUGUGACCCUUGACCUCUGACAACAUUCCAGAAGCAUCCAUAAAGCAUCAUGGGAGAUGGAGGCAGAGGAGGAGGCAGCGGGUUUCAGGCGUCGCCGGGCGUUUCCACGGUUACGGUCCGAAGCAGUUUGAACGUCCGCGCAGCUUCUGGACUCGUCAAAUGGGAAAAAAUACACGGAGGAAGGAAAACGGAGAAUCCAUCACAGGUCAAAGGUCGACUGGACGUUUAAAGCCACACGUUUAUGUCAUGGACGACGGCGUCGAACGGGACAAACUUGAACCGUCUGGACUCAAAACUCUGGAAUGAAACCACAGGUGGAGACCAAAUAUGGACAUGAUGUGCAUUUUUCCUGACUUUGCGGUGGUCCUGAACGCAUCUUCAAGGUCAAAGCAGGGCUAGGAAACUUUAACGCCUCCAGACCAAUCAGAUUCUGUAUCCAAGCGUCAUGUGACCUGUUCCACCGCGUUCAGGUCGAGCACCGACAGAACCACUAGUGCCCCCCCCCCUCCCCGGCCCAUUUAAAGGUGGACGUCGGACCCGUGUUCCGUUGGGUUCGUUUUCCGUCGUCAUGGAGACGGUCGAUCCGAUCAGAACCGACCUGAGUCCACUUUGUUUUGUCUGAAGGGAACGCCAUCCUCUGCCGGUACCACAGUCCAAACCCCUCCCCGGUCUGUAAGCCCCGCCCCCCAGUGCGCCGCCGUCUGUCAGAGCACCGAAGCGAGCGAUGAACCUUUUCUUCCUUUUUUUUUUUUUUUUUUUAACACUACAUUUGUUUUUUCUUUUUUCAGGUUGUGUGCUGAACUUGUUUGUGUCUUAUGAGGUUCUCUAUAUGAAAAUGUCUUUGUACCGCUGUCCUGUUCAAACCCAACCCCCCCCCCCCAAAAUAAAAAAAAAAACCCAGGACCCUGAACGCAGCAUCAGGUUUCAUGUCGGAGGUCACAUGUCUUUUAGAGUUUAUUUUAGC